AAUGCUGGACAAUCCCGUUAAACCGACGGAGGUCAGCGUUCGGAAUCGUAUCGAUCUGAGAGAGAUUCCUCUGGAAGCACUAAACGUUCGAACACGCGACCUGGUGGCCGAGCUGUUGAAUCAACGGCGUAUCUUUACGUCCGAGGAUGGAUACUUCCGCGAUUGGCGCGGUGUGUUUGAUGUGAUCGGUAUUCCCAAAAGCUAUCUGCCGCUGGUGUCCUCCAAUCCCAGUCCCACUCGAUGCUUGCUCGAACUAUGGCAAAACGAAUCGCAGCAUUGCAAACGCGGCGCAAAUUUGGCCGAACUGCAAACCGUGCUCGGUUGCAUCGACCGUUGGGACAUACUGGACGAUACAUCGAAAAUGUUCGACCAAGACGCGGAGCAGCAUCUGGCGAGAGAACAGAAACGGUUGACGAUGAAAACAGCACAAGAAAGCACAUCGAAGGAUCGGAUAGGCGUGGAGGAUAGCGGCAUCAUCACGAAGGACGAUACUCCCGACCACAAGCAGCAGUACGAUGCGUUUAUUCUGUACGCGGACGCGGACAUCGAAUUCGCCACGAAGAUGGUGGACCGGCUGGAAGCGCGUGGAAUGAAGCUUUGCCUGAAGGACCGCGACAUCCUGGGUGGAAGCAACUUCGAACACGAGGUCAUAUCGCGCCUCAUCUCCGAGCGCUGUCGCCGGGUGGUGGUCAUCAUUUCGAAGGCAUUCCUCGAGAGUCCGUUGAACGAUUUCACCGUCACGUUCGCCCAAGCGCUGCAGAUCGAGAAGAAGGAACGUAAGGUUAUCCCGUGCGUGUACGAUCGUUGCGAGUUGCCACCGCACCUACGGUACACCUGCCGGUUAGACUACCAGCGCUCGCAGAAUCUGUACAACUUUUGGGACAAGCUGGCCGUGUCCAUCAGAGACAGUCCGCGCAAAACGCCCGUUGAAAGCCCGGGCCUCAAACAGAAGACGGAGCAAAACGUGCCAGUGAGGAGCGCCCCUGUCGCGAUCAGUCCGCCUCCCAAACCGACAAUACCGACGGUGGUGGUGGACAAACCGACGCUUGUAGUGAAACUGCCCACCGCGGUCGAGCAGGAGGAGAGCCAAUCGAGUAGCCUGAAAAAAUCGCACUCCUUCUGGGACCUGUUCCCAAGCUUCAACCACAAAAAGGACAAACUCAACGGCAGUGUGUCGCAGCUGAAUAUCAGUGGGACGGCAUCGACUACGAACCCAAAGAAGAUGGGUUUUUCGACGUUGGGGCGAGAGAAAAAGCAACCCCUGUUUGGGGCUUCGUCCGUGCCGUCCGAAUGUCCGCUGGACAAAGCGGAAAAGCCAGUGAAAUCGAAGAAGAAGUGGUACAAACCGACUAGCCGGAAGGUUGCUACCCCCGUGUGAUACCAGUGCCGCCGAAGGUCUCGUGCAAU